ACAGACCACUUUGCUCCCGUGCUGCCGCCGCCGUUUGUUGCUGUGCCUCACAUAUCUCUUAGCGCAUUACACGCCUUUUACCUUGUCUCUCCGUUUCAUCUCUCCUUCCUUAUCCACACCCCCCAGAAACAUUGUUGUAAUUCCCUCUUCCCUCUUUUCCUCCUCUGCAUCUUCCUUCCUGAACUUUUUAAAUCCAGUGUAUUGGUGACUAUGAAGCCUUAAAUUACCUUAUUCUCCCACGACGUGAGGACGCCGUGCAACCCCCCCGGAUCUGCCUUGUCGUCAGUGCGGAGAAGCUCACAAGGUUGUCUAGACCGCAUACUCUUCAAGUGUGCCAGCAUCCUGUUGCCUGAGCACAUAGUGCGAUGAAAUCAGCCUCCACUAAUUUGAUUUGGAACGUGCCUAAUCUGUCCGGAAUUUAUUCCCCUAGCUCCUUUCCUAAUCUUGAACCUCUGGCUGUGUAGUUCGUUAGUAUGGCCGUCCGCAUCGCAUCAGUCGCCUCCCCAUUACCUUCUUGAUCGAGACAAUCGCCCUGUCAUAGCUCAGAAUUUGAUCCUGGCUUAAGAAGGACUACUCUGAGUAUCCUGUUCUCACUUGCGUUGUGUGUCGCAGAAGGAUCAUGCAUCAACAUCCUCGGUCGCCGGCGCCAACAGCGCCAACUUCCUCCGCCAGGCCGAACUCAUCCCGUUCGAGAGAGCUGGAUUAUCGUCCUAAUUCCCCUGCAGCCGAUGUCAGGGUACAUAACAGCAGAGGCUUGGGGAUUGAAGCGGAACCUGACUCGUCAGGGCAAACUAUUCAACCUACAAAGGAGGCGAUAGCGAAGCUGAACCAAAUAAUAUCGAAUUAUCACACGAAAGCUGCUUUGAUUAUAUUGCAUUCACGCAUUGAGCUCCCACCUUCAUUCAACAAGGGCUCUGACACUCCCAGAGUGAAUCGCUGGUUUAACGUUGAGAUUGAAGAUACAGAUGUGCUGCGAGAACAGCUGCGCACUUGGAGAACCUGUGAUGCCACCGAGAAUCGCCCGCCGCCUUUAAUUAUUGAAACAUAUCUUGAUACAAAGGGGCUCACGAAUAAUCAAACCCUUGUGGCUUUGGAUGAGAAUGGGAAACGAUGGGAUGUGUUAGAAGCCCUUGCUGCAUCUCAACAGGCCCAUCCGGUCAGACCACCCUCGGCCAGCUCCGAUGAUGUCAUCUUGGAGCGGUGGAGAGUUGAGUUGGGGGAUACGUCGAACGCGUUACCGGCUGAUCUUGGAUCUAUUCUGCCUACUGUAUACAAGAAGAGCAUUGUCCUUUUCCGGUCAUUAUUCACCUAUUCUAAGUUCUUGCCCGCUUGGAAGUUCGCAAAGCGCAAUGGGAGGCUUCGAGCAAACCCAGCUCUACGGAUCAAGUACAGGAUCAUUAUCGGCUCUCCUAAUCAGGCGAGUUCGAAGCCAGAUCACUUGACCAUGCCUUUAUACGAGAGUAGUAGCAAAGUGGUCGAAACCUACAGCUUUGGUGUCACCGAUUCGCCGGCGGGUCCAUUCUCCGCCCAAGUGACAUAUCGAACUAGCUGCGAUUUCCGCGUGGAUGACUCCGAAGCUCUGUUAAGUUCUCGAUUCAUGGGAGCCGAUGAUGAAAUCUUCCGUCCGUCAUUACCUACGCGAGUGGUGGAUAGUAGAGUGCCUCCCCCUGAAAUAGGGUCACUACCACAAGAGAGGAGAACAGUGGAAGAUCCAGACCCCGGCCGGGCGUACGGUAGCCUCUCGACCUUCCAUCAGGUCGGACCUACAACUAGCGCGAGUCCCAUAUCAGCUCUCCGGGCUAAAGGAGAGUCAGGCACUUCCUCUCCGUCCUCGCCUGGCUCGUCCUCUCGAAAGGCCUCGGCCAUUGGGAAAGCUAGUCCUGUGGGACGCGCUGCUAUCCUUGCUAAUGAAGGCAGCCCAAAUAUUGCCAGACGCCCAUCUAUAUCUUUUCAGCCAUUCAAAGCUCCACCAUUAUCGGCAUCACCAUCCCUUGUCGACCCUCCACUCUCGUCUCCUCGCUCAGUAACCGGGCCUCGUCCCCAUCCGUCUAUGGCAGCUUCUGCUCGCAAGUCUUUCCCGGCAGUGCAGGACAAUAGCACUGCGUCUCCUAGUUCCGCGUCCCCACGACCGGCUUCCAUCUCGCGGUAUAGCAGUGCUUUCAGUCACCGUCGGGGCAGGCCUUCUUCUGGAGGAAUAAAUAAAUUGGAAGAUGAUACUUCCAGUGGGAAAGCAAGUGCCACUUCGUCCGCUCAGCCUGGCUCCGGCUUGCUAGCUGAACCUACUGGAACAAGUGCCGAUUCCAUUCACGCCGAUGAUGAGAAUAUUUCAGAAUUCCUGAAAAUGCUAGACCUACGGAAAGAUCUUCUCAAUACGUCAGGCUCAGCUGCCCUUGAUACUACUGCGCGCAGGACCACGGUCACCUCAGCCGCUUUAACACGCUUCCAACGUAUGCGGGAUUCCAAUGCUGCACUUUCUGACUCGAUGUCGUCAUCUCUGCUUUUACAGCGCUCAUCAAAUUCCUCUAGCAAACAGCUCUCUGGAGUUCCACCAAUGAUCGCGGGAACGUCCAUCUCAACUGCCUCGUCGCCAGGAAAACCGAUAUCUCCCCACACCCCACACACUCCUGCGAUACCAUCUCGCCUUAGUUCUAACAGUAUCGUUGAUUAUACUCAUCCUGAGGGCAAUGGCACAGACCUUUCCCAGGGACACGGCUCCCCUCUCGAUGAGAACACCAGUGAUGGGACAACCAUGGAGCACGGACCGUCCGCAGUGAACGCUAUAGACAUCCCGACAUCACCUCGCCUCUUUCCCCCUGUCUAUCGUCGAUCUAGUUCUGCUGCCCACCGCCCACGUACAGUCGCUGUAGAUGACGACGAGAUUUUCCCUUUCAAUCGCAGCGUAAGCCUUGGUGCCGAGGAGAGAUCCAACCUGAGCCUUGGUGCACUUCAUCGACAGCAUGAGUAUGAAAGCUCUGAAACAACCACGCACCGAGCGCAGCGAGAGCCACAUCCAUUGCCAUCAAACGAAGAUGCAGUCGUACCGUCUAGCUCAAUAGCCCGUGAACAAGGUUCUCAUAAGGGUGUGACGCCUGGCCCUACGGUUGCCUCUUCGUCAUCAUCUCACCACCACGUCUACCAGCCACGCUUCAGCCACUCUCGCGGCCGGGGGUCUUCCGGUGGUCAUCAUUCCCUAAGCUCCGGCUCUAGCAGCCUUGCACGUGGUGCUGCCAUUCCUCCUGGUCUUACUGAACGCGAGAGUGAGCGAGAUGGCAACGGGAGUGGUAGUAAUAGUGCUACCUCGGCAGUGGAAGAUCGUCGGGGUGUAGGACGACGGCCCAGUGCUGGCCGUGGUGGGCCGCCGCAGUCGGCCCAGUUAGAAGAAGACGAACCUCUGCUAUUCGCUAUGAGCGACUUUGGUGCCUCACGACGGAGCUUCGAAGAAGGCAGACAUGGCAACCAUGCUCAUGAUCCGGCUGGGAACGUCGCCGGAUCAAGACGAGGAGGAAGUAGUAGACGCGGCGGUGGCUUCCACCCUUGGUCCUAAAGUUUCUGCAACAUACACGAAACCUGAUCUUUUCAUAUUUCACUUCACACUCUGCCUCCGUCGGCCAGUUGGUCUUCUCUAUUUCUUUUCUUCCCCCUUUUUUUUUUUUUUUUUUUUU